ACUAGUGCAGAUAUGAAGUUCAGUGGGCCCCAAAGGGUUAAUAAGUCUCCGUCCCAUUGCUGGUGAAGGAAGAUAACUCCAGAUAGCGCGAAGAAAAUCCAAGAUGGAAGACGUUUCUGUCCUAAAAGAAGUUCGAAGAGAAGUCACUGAAUUACGCCAAUUAGGCGAACAGUGGGGCCUGACAUCUGUGGAAAUUAAUUCAUGCAUUGACUCGGCGUUUAAAACAAAACUAGAAAUCGGUAUCACUGAAAAGAUCGCCAAGAAAUUACAAUCACAGACGAAAUGGAGCAAGAUCCGGUUUGCUUUCCGAGUAUGGCUUGCCUUCGUCAUUCUUAUGUCGGGAUUUACCCUUAUGAUAACCCAGACAGACUACAUAUCUAAUACUGUUGGAAGAGUUUUACAACCUUAUGGCUAUCACAUUUUGAGAGUGAUAAGAUUGGCUGCUCUACCACUUCAUGCAAGAUAUAACAUCAGCACCUACCACAAUGAAGAAUGUCUGAUUGGAAAUCCUUACUUUGAGGAAGAAGUAGCUGAUUGUUUCAUAUGUGAAGGAAUUGAUUCAGUUCGUUUAACCAAAUUAAAACGAGAGAAGCAAUUAGAGGAAAAUAUUUUCCAGAAACCUAUUUUAUUCCGAGGUUUACAGAAUCAUGUUAUUAGUGUAAUGGAUAUCGUGAAUUUAAUCCAACGUGAAGAAAUGUUACAAGAUUCCUCAUUGGCUCUUUAUUCAUCUGUUGAUUGGGUAAAAUCUCUCAAGGAUUUAAAUUCGCCAGGUAUAUUAGAGGAUAUAACUAAUGAUAAAAACUUUCACAUCAAAUGGAUAAGUCGUAGGAUGGGAACCAGUCAGUUCUUAAAAAGAUUAUUUCCAAGACCAUGUGUUUUUCCUAAGAAGUUUGAGGUUGUCAUUGAGAAAUUCUUAUUUAUAUCUGGGCCAGGAUCUGAAGGUGAAUCAUUGACUGAUGAAGCUAGAAGUCGCGAUUUGUUUUAUAUACAAGGCACUGGUUCUCGUACAUUAUUAUUUACACCUCGAGCUGGAUGUGGGCAGAGUUGUUCCUCGUUCCAAGUUAAAACAGAACCCGGAGAUGUCUUAUGUUUUCCGUUUGCAUGGCAUGUGGACUUACUACCUAAUGAAAAUGAAGUCAGUGUUUCUUUUCUUGGUGGAACAGCUUAAAAAAUAAACACCUGAUGGAAAUGCAGUAAAAAUAUACAUCGAUAUACAUCAAAAUAAAUAUACAUUAAUCAAAUAAAUCAAAAUCAAAAUAAUAAAAAUAAAAAAUAUACAUCCAUAUUGUUUUUAAAUCCAAAUAAAAAAUAAACAUGGAUAUUUUCUUUAAAAACAUUGAUAUUUCAAAAAUAAAGAUAUAUAUUGAUAUUGUC